GUUGCACUGCUGUCAUUGUCUGUCAUGACAUCUGUGCGAGUUUUGUUCGAUUGGUCGUCAUAGAAUUGUACGACGAAUAUCGUCCUUUUGUGAUGAGCUAGAACAUUCGCCUAUCAAUUAACUUUUUUUUAUUUCCAAGCACCUAUUCCCCAUUUACUAUGUGUUAAAAGUCUGAUUUGCCAUUAUACAGUAAAUAAAAAAUUGUUAUCGGUCGCCCCAAAUCCCAUGGAGAUUAGCAGACAUCAAUCACACAGUCGAAGCAAGUGAGGGACGUCGGCCUCCUGUACUGUGAUGGAAACUUACUACAACACGACCACCAGGCGGAAAAAGUCAGCUGUGGAGGGAUACAAAUGAAAUAGGAAGUACGUCGGUAGGACUAGUCGCGAAGGGGCCUGGGAGAUCGUCGGUAGACGUAUUAUAUGCGCGCGUGACGGUGACAUGAGCACGAACGUCAAGCGGCGUGGAGCUAGCAGUUCCAGUUGUUCAGUGCCAGGAGUGCCUGCCCUCGUGAACGCGCCCACCGCCAUGUCUGCCGACCUAGCCUCGCUGUUCGAGUGUCCCGUGUGCUUCGACUAUGUGUUGCCGCCGAUACUGCAGUGUCAGAGCGGGCACCUGGUGUGCUCCAGCUGCCGACCGAAGCUGUCGUGCUGCCCGACGUGUCGUGGGCCUCUCGGCAACAUCCGCAAUCUCGCCAUGGAGAAGGUCGCCAGCAACGUGAUGUUCCCCUGCAAACACUCCAACACGGGCUGCACCGUCACUCUGGUGCACACCGAGAAGGCUGAGCAUGAGGAAGCAUGUGAGUUCAGACCCUACUCAUGCCCCUGUCCGGGAGCCUCCUGUAAAUGGCAAGGGGGCCUAGACCAAGUAAUGCCGCACCUUAUGAUGUCACAUAAAAGCAUAACCACACUCCAAGGUGAGGAUAUAGUGUUCCUCGCAACUGAUAUUAACCUCCCCGGAGCUGUAGAUUGGGUGAUGAUGCAGUCUUGUUUCAAUCACCAUUUUAUGUUAGUUUUAGAAAAACAAGAGAAGUUUGAUGGACAUCAACAGUUUUUUGCCAUCGUACAACUUAUAGGAUCUCGCAAGGAAGCUGAGAACUUUGCAUAUAGACUGGAGUUGAAUGGGCACCGUCGCAGGCUGACGUGGGAGGCGAUGCCGCGGUCCAUCCACGAAGGAGUGUCCUCUGCUAUCAUGAACUCAGACUGCCUGGUGUUUGACACGUCUCUUGCACAAUUGUUUGCUGAUAACGGGAACCUAGGCAUCAAUGUCACAAUAUCCAUUGCCUAAUUGACAUUACAUUACCACAUUGUUAAGUAUUUAUAGUAAAGAGUGACAUUCAUUGGCUGUCAAGAAUCUAAUUAUAUCUUGAAUUUAUACCAUACAGAUAUAUUAUAAACAAUAGAUGUUAAUUUGAACGGUAAUAUUUUUGAUAUGGUGUGUGGUAUCGGCCACAGGUCAUUCACAUGCACUCUGUUGGUAUUGAUGUAAUCAACAUACAAAUUAAACCAAAAACUUAAUUUUCUUCACAAUUGUUAUUUUUAAAUGUGUGUUCAAUUUAAAGUUAAGUAGUGAAGUUAAAAUUUGUCAAGUGAAGUCGUUUCACUUAGAAUUGCCUUUUGAAUAUAGUAUUAUAUAUGAAAAGAAUAACUAUGACAUGUCGUGUGAGAAAGUGAUUAUUUUAUUCCAAAACUUGAACAAAUAAUUUUAAUUACAUUGUAAUUUGUAAUCAUUUGUAUAUAGAUGCAUGAAAAAAUAUUUUGAUCUUAAGAAUUUUAAGCAAUUGUGUGAUGUUGCUUUGUGGGACUAUAUCUUAGUGUGCUGGCAUUAUGUAUUGAUGUCACAAGUGAACACAGACAAUCUACGGACUAUUUUUGUAUCAAUGAAAUAAAUCAGCAAGCCUGUGUUGUGCACUCGAAUAAUCAAUGGGAAACAUGUGUAUUGAAUACCAAGCUAUUAUCUAUGUAUUUUAGGGGUAAAGUGAGAAAUCUGUUAAUAUGGACAAUUUCAAUAUAAAAUCAACUUUAUACUAAAUAUGUUAGAUCAGAGAAAUUUACAAAUAGUUUAAGGGAUUUUAAUAUCAGCAAACUAUAGACUGCACUUUCAAGGCAUCACUUGAUGAUUAAUGAUUCCGUUUUACAAUUUAUACAUCCUAUUAAUAAUUAAUUGUGGAAAGUUAGAAGGUUGGUGAUAAAUGACUAUAUUUAAAAUAAUUAGCCCAAAGUUUGACAUUAUUUUUUAUUUUUUUUUAAGGACAUUCUGAUAAUAGGGUAUUUUCCUAUGUUUCAUUUUGUACAUUAUUCUAUAUGAAACAGCAAAUAUUAUGAAAAAGAAGGCCUCGCGAGAAAAUUGCUUUAACAUUGGGAAAUGAGACAGAACUUCAUAAUGUAAAUAUUGCAAUGUGCAAGAGUGGGCGCAUAGUGAGGAUAUCGUUUCAUCUCCGCCUUUUGCACGCAUUGUAAUUCUCGGUGACGUCACGGAUUGUGUCGCUGUUCUCGUUUCUUGACACUUACCCCUUCUACAGAAACUCAAAGUAAAAAACUAAAAUGACUAAAAUAAGCUAUUAAAAUUUGUUUAAUCAAUAUUGAGACUUAAUUAAUAAAAUUGUGAUUUCUUAUGUUUACGCGAAUGUUAGACAUUGAAAUUAAACUAAUUUUCGGAUUCUAUCGCGAUGUUAGUAUUUUAUGGACAUGGACCAUGAAGACCAUGAAGGCUGCAAAGUCUUCGAAACGUCGGGAGAAAAUAAAAUACUAACAUCGCGAUAGAAUCCGAAAAUUAGUUUAAUUUCAAUAAUAAAAUUGUUUUAAUUAUUUAUUUUAUUUAUUCAAAGCUCACUUUAUUUCCAAAUUGACAUAUACGCUGCCCAAAAUGGCAGACUAAAAUCAACAAUGUUUAGGAAAUUACGAAAUUGACAGAUUUCUCACUCGCUACCUACGCGUGCAAAUUAAGUUAAUGAAAUGCCAAUACUGCCUUCAAAAUGUAAUAUUGCCAUAUUUCUUUGGACAUUGACUCGAAACACCCAAAGAGAGCCUUAAUUUUAUUUAAAUUUCAUAAAGGAGCAAUGGCGAAGUAGGUGGGGUUGUGAGGGUGACACCCGCAUUAAUUAAAAAAAGAUCCUUAUUAUAUAUAGUAAUCAAUAUAAUACGAAUAUUUAGAUAGUGAUACCACGCUUUUCAGGUAUUCAACAAUAAAAUUUCGAUAUGACGAUAGGUUCGCUUGUCACAUGAUGGGACACGGCGAAAAGUGGGUGCAAUAUUUGCGCCUCUGCCUACCCUUUCGAGGAUGCAGGCGUGAGUAUAUAUGAGUUGCUGUCUUCUCAAAUUCAGUUGUGGUAGUACAAAUCCGCCCUGGGUGUCGCCUAAGCCAGUUAAACCACCAUAGAAUGUCGGGUUGUAAGUCGUGGGUUCAAUGACUUGGUAGACUGAAGUCCGUUGUAAACUAUUUACUAAACAUAGAGCAAUAAUUUAUGGUAAUUUGAAUUUAGACCAGACACAGCCAUCAUAUUUGUCAACAAUUAUUUUGGGCUGUGCUUAAGGCCCUUUCACAUUGCUAAUAUGUUCGCGCGAUUUCGAUGUUAUGCUAUACGAUAGCCUUGCUCGCGCCUACGGAGCGUAGGAAUCCGUUCUCGUGAAGAGUGAAAUUUAAAAUCUGAUAAUAGUUUCCUAUGGGUGAAACAAUCUUCAAAAUCUAUUAUUCGUUUCAGAGAUUAGAGCGUUCAAACAAACAAUUCACCUUUAUAUAUUAAGAUUGAUUACAUAUGAUAAUAAACUAUUUAUUUUUUAUAUUUUUAGGUAUCUCGUCUAUAUAUCUAUUUUUAUCUUUUAUUUGCAUAAUUGAUUUGAAACAUUUAUAUUGUAUAUAUUAAACCUCCAUAUUUUAUAACAUUUAAAUAGAUUUUUAACAAGCAAAAUCGACAACCAUUAAUAUUUUUUAGAACAUUAUGAAUUCAUAAUCUGGAUUAUCUAUUCGCAAUUUCGACUAAACAAGUUAGGGAUGUGCAAGGGUCUUAAUAUAUCUUAAUAAGUCUUAGUAUCUGAUCAUUUUAUUGCUUUUGGUUGUGUGAAAAUAUAACAAAGAAUUCGAAUAAUUUUGUAAUUGAUCAUUACUUAAUCCUACCAUUACUGGUCCUAGUGACAAUUAUUGUAACUAUUAAUAAGUUGUACCUAGCCUAAUAAACGUUGGCGUGCAAAAAAUGGCAGUCGAAAACUGGUUUUAAUGGAAAUUAUAAAAUUUAAACUUAAUUUAUGAUUUAUUGAAUUUUAUUAAAAUAUUGAUUUGCACUGUAGGCCAGACCGCAAUCUUUUAUGACUAUUUAAACUCUUGAAACAGUGGACUCGGUGGGAAUGCGAUGCCACGCUGGCUCUCUCCUCUAUGUGAAGUAAAGCUCCGACCGCGACAGCUCUGUGACAUAAUCUGUGUUAACUAUAUUACAAACUGUUCAAGUCCCGCUAGCGUCGCGUCGCCGCCCCGCCUCGUCCGCUGUUUGUCAAAACCAUAACUUGCAUUAGUUCCAGUCGGUUACUUUGUAAUAAAUCGUAAACUUUUUCAUUACCAUGCUACUGCAACUCCCUAGUGUUUAUUAUCAAUUAUUCUACCCAUUUUAAUAUAUGUUACUGAGGACUAAAGCUAUUGUUAUUUCUUAGAAGUAACUGAAAAAAACAUGAAAAUAUAGGAGUCCGAAACAUUUUUUAAACACUUCAUAAGAGAUGUGAAUUUUUUAUCAAGAAACAAAAGAAUAAAAUUGGUCGCAUUAUAAAAUAUUAUAAGUUAACAUAAUACACACCAGACUGGGAAUGAAGCCGAAUAUGCUAUUACGGCAGACCGGACCUUUGUAAUGGGUUGUGCUUGGACUUCGUAGAUUUAGGAACAAAUAACUGGUCACCUGACUAUAUGAUCUCUGUUUCGAUGAACGUAAGGCUAUCGGCUCCUUAAGAAAAGUCUACUGGUGAACUUCUUUUUUUGCACGCCAAAAAUACGUACAAAUUAAGUUUUGUUUAAAUGAACAAAAACCCCAUUGUUUUCUGUUUAAUAACUGUUAUAGCUACUUUAGUUGGACAUUUCUGUUUGUAGCAGAGGUGCUCAAUAAUUAGGUAAGCCCAGUGGCGGAUACAGAUAAUAAAUGGGGGGCGCAAGGUUCGAAUCUGGUUCCAACAGGCAUCAUUGUGUCGACUGCCGAGGGUUAUCAUCUCUCGCCAGUCGACAUUCUAUGGGACCCCACUCCACUUACCAUCAGAUGCAGUGGCCUGACUUUGCCGUAAUAAAAAAAAAAUUACUACUUAGACUAUGAGGCUCAAUGCAAUAUUCGGAAGGAUUUAACCCUAGUCCCAUUAAGGUCAUGAAGUCUGAAAGGAAGACCUUCCGAGUACCCUGAACCUCCUCAAAAGUAACCCUGAAUCCCCGGUACCCUGGGCGCCUCUGCUUCAAAUAACUACGUGAAUACAUGUUACUUAAUUUUGUUAGUAUUAAUUGCCUGGUGCAGGUAUUGCAAGGUAUUUCGACCACUGGUUACCGAGACGUGCGUCGUUUUCUAAAUAAAUCUUAUCUUAUGUAUUGAGGUAAAGCUGGUAAAAUUUAUGAAAAGAUUCUAGUUGAAAUAAAUUUUUGUAAUGUAA